AUGAAGGACAUCAAGCUCCUCCUGGAGAAGGUGCGAAUAAACCGAGAAAGGGAGUUAGAGAAGGAGGUGAAAAUAUUUUUGGACUUAAAGAAGCUGAAUGAUGGCACCCCCAAGGGGGAGGAACAGAACCUAGUGGCGACUGAAAAGAAAACAACUGAAAGGAACAGUCUUGAUAGCCACAUCAACUACGUUAGGAAAAAGAUGAAUAAUUUAAGAAGGAAAACUGUGUUUGAACAGAGCUACUACAGAAACGUUAUCAAUUGUUAUGAUCACAGUGAGCAUUACAAGGAGAUUCUAAAAUACACUCCUGUUGAUUUUUCAGGAAUACAAGAACCCGAAUUGAAAAAAGCAAUAACUGACAGGGAGAAUCUCUUGUCCUUUUACUAUGCCUACUUGGUUAGGAAAACAUGCGAACCUAAUUUUCUGAAAUGCGUCCAUAACUAUUUUGUUCGAUCCUUGACUUACAGUUCUUUGGAGAAGAACCUUUUUUUUAAUUUUUUAUCUGCCAAUUUAUGUGUUUUAGCUGAGUGCAUAAAGCAAGUGGAGAUUCUCUUGGUGGAGAAUGAAAAUAAGAACCUGGCCCAGUUGCUUCAACAAUGCAGAGAUAUCCUUCUAGAUGUAUACAGAGAGUUGUGUACUUUGCAGGGGAUGGACAAAGAAAUUACAAAGGUGCAACUCGUGGUAGGUGAAGAAAAUCACGAUCUGCUUAAUAGCUUAGUGAAGUAUUUUCCCUUUUUGGAUGAGCACUUUGGGAAGAGUGGCGAGGGUACAAGUCGACAUGACACCCUCAUAAAGAAGCUAUACGGGAUAUAUGCCUUCAUUUAUGUGUUUUCGAACGUUUUCUAUCUUAGCUCUCUAUCUGUUAGUAGGGCUAAGGUGGGACAACAUCUCCCUGUCAAAGGGAUGCCAAAAGAAUUUUCAGAAAGCAACUUGAACAACCAUUUGCAACGUUUUGCUAUGUACCGAAUGUACAUCGAGCAGUAUGCCAAGGGAGACUUCAUGGAGUUGAACGAGAAAAUGUUAUUUCUCCUAUCGAGGGAGAUAUUGGCACAGAAGGGGAGUAGAAAUUACACAUGGGAUGAUAUCCUCCAUAAUUUGAAUUCACUAAAAAACGCAACUGCUUUGCAGAGCGAAUUCUUCGCUGCUAGCGGUGUGAAGCAAAUUGACAACCCUACUAAAGGGAAGGAUGAAAAGAGCAAAGACUCCAUAUCUAACUGUAACGUGAACCAUGUAGAAAGAAACCCCCCCAUAUUACCUUGUAUCCACCAGUUCUUCUACAUCGGUAUUGAUUUCGACAAGACAAUAAUAAAGAAAGAUUCCUAUUCAGCAUUUUUUAAAAUUUUGCAGAAACACUAUUUUAAGCAGAGUGUCCCGAAAGGAAAUGACACCCUCACAGAGGAAGACAUUUACUUUUUCGAUAAUUUCUCUUUAGAAAAAAUGAAAAACAAACCAGAACCUACAACACAGGAGAAGAUUCAGUACAUACAUAAAUUAGGACAAUGGUUCGUUAUAAAGGAGUUAGAAAUAUUAGAGGAGUUAAAGAAGGAUCAAGAAAAAAAAGAACACGUCUAUUCGCAGUCAUACUACUAUUACAUGAACCAAGUGGACAAGGUUCACGUAACUUAUUCUAUGUUGUUGUCUUAUUAUGAUGUAUUUAAAGGCGUCGAUGUAGAUGUGUUAAACAACCUUAUCAGUGAGCAUUACGAGCGCUUCGAACUGAGUGAUUACUUUUUGGAGGUUUUCCUACAUCUACUGAAUUAUAAGAUGGACAACAGAGACUCCUUCUACUUCGACAUUAUCACACUGAAUUUGAAGAAGCAAAUUUGCCUGUACACUAUAAGGAACAAUUUGUUGAAGCUGAAGGGGGGAGAGGGAAGUAUCUUCUCCCCUGUGCCUCCACCACGGCACACUGAAGAGAGGAGAGUUUUUCAAAACGAGGAUGACUACUACGACACGUUUAAGAAGUACUUCCAUGUUUACUACUCCAAGACACACACAUAUGACAAGGCUCAGCGAAAGUACACGGGGGCAUUCGAAUACAAUCGACUGAAAAUUAAGCAUAGUGAGUAUCAGCCCAGGAAGAAUGGUAAUGAUGGUCAGGGUGAGAUGUUUCAAGGAGAAAAGCCUCAUGGUGAAACAUCUCCCGAUGAGAUUGAGAGGGUUUCGCUCUGCUCUUUUUAUGACAAGACAUUAAUCAAGACAAGGGUGUGUUCCAUUCUUCACAACAUUAACCACAAGCUAUCCGCCUUCAUUGGAGACAGCCUCAUAGACCUAGAUGCUAUGCUCCACUCAGAUAUCGCCAUCCUCGUUGGUCACAACGAGUUAUUGAUAAGUUUCUGCGAGAAACAUAAUAUUAUUAUUAAGCCUCUCGUGUGUGCAGCGGCCAAGAUUGAGUUUUUGGCGCGCAGGAAGGGUGGACUGACUAAGAGCACGAAUGGCAGCGCUAUCAUGAGCAAUGAUGCCACAACCGAUGUGGAAUCUACCAUCAAUUGCAGCGCGAACAAAAUUUCGACUUUGACCGACGACGAACGUACGGGGGAAUUGAACGAUCUGUACGAUGAGGGGGAAAAGAUUAUUUAUUCCACCCAGAGUUGGCUGGAAAUUGGCAUUUUUUUCUUCGGCGACAUUUAG